CCUGCAUUCACCGUCGCGCAAGCAGAAGCAGCCGGUGUUCCAGAACGGAGCGCUGUUGUUGAUUUCACGACGAUUUUCAUCGAAGAUUUUCUCUGAUUUUAACAUGCACUGACUUGUCGCACUGUUCGACAUCUAAAAAUCAUGUACUUAUUCGAAGACACAAUAUUCGAAAGGUUGCUGGAUGCUCUUAAGGUCGGAGACAGGGUAGUAGUUACUUCUCACUUGUUCUAUGAAUUUAAAACGAACACUGAAAGAGUCGCCUUAGCUUAUCAACUUUUGGAGGAGGAAAAUCUUUUGCCUAUCCUUGAAAGUGGAGGCACCAAAUCUCCAAAGCUCUCCACUGAUUUGAGAAAUGAAGGAAACAAGGCGUUUCAGAAGAAGAACGAUCUUCUUGCUUUACAUUUGUACAACCGCAGCUUAUGUGCUGCCCCUGUGUAUUCAAAAGAAUAUGCCUUGGCCAUCGGAAACCGUUCUGCUGUAAAUUUGUCUCUGGGAUUCUUCAAUGCUUGUCUGAGUGACAUAGAGUUGGCUCAUCAAAGUAGUUAUCCCAAUGAGCUACGCGUCAAGCUUCUCGAGAGGCAAGUUAAAUGCUUCAUACAACUCGACAUGGUGACUGAAGCGGAAGCAGCUUUAAAGACUUUGGAGACUGAAGUUCAAGGAAUGGCCCAAGGGAAACGAGAACAACUGCUUUCAAGUGUGUCAACUCUCACACAAGAUCUGCAGCGUAUCAGAGUUAAGGCUGAAGGAGCACUUGAUGAUGCGCUCACAUCAUGUAAUGAGUUUGGAUGCUUUGAAAGACCUCCCCUCAGUCAUGGUUCCAAUGAAGAAAUCAAGUGUGCAUCUACUGCAAUAGCUCUAAAAUAUUCUGAGGACAAAGGAAGGCAUUUGAUUGCCUCUGAAAAUAUAAGGCCAGGUGAUGUUCUAAUUGUAGAACAGCCAUUUGCAUCUGUUCUUCUUCCGGCUGCAUCUUCUACUCACUGUUACUUUUGUCUAAACCGCUGCCUUUCUCCUAUUCCUUGUUUACACUGCACAGAGGUGAUGUUUUGCAAUGAAAAGUGCAGAGUAGAGUCCUGGACACAGUUCCACUCAAUUGAUUGCUCUCUUUUACCUGUAAUAUCCAAUAAAGUGGGCAAGAUGGGCCUCCUUGCUCUCCGUGUGCUUCUCUUAGCAUCCCAAAAGGGAAAAAAAUUGAGACAGCUAAUGGAAGAGGUGGAAGAAAUCGAGAAAACACCCAAGACUAACCCACGCACACUUGGCUUCAAUAAGGAUGGCCGUUAUUUGUCAACUGAUUACUGGCCCAUCCACUUUCUUAUUGGUCACUCAGAUCAUCGAUCCAAUGCAGAUAUCUUCAGACGCUCUGUAACUGCAGCGUGUUUGUUGCACUGUUUGGAGACUUUUACAAAGUUUUUUGAAGCUGAUCUUGAUGAUGAGAUAUAUUACUUUUGUGGAGGUUUGUUGCUGCACCAUUUACAGAGCCUUCCUUGCAAUGCCCAUGAGGUAUCAGAAAUGAGUGUAACUGCAGGUUCAUUUGACAGCCAAGAAGUAGGCGCAGCAGCCUAUGCAACUCUUAGCCUUCUGAACCACUCAUGUGAUCCAAAUGUUGUGCGCCACAGUUAUGGAGACUGGGCAGUCUUACGUGCUAUCCGGCCCAUCCAACAAGGUGAAGAAAUUUUGGAUAAUUAUGGCUAUCAUCAUGCUCUCCAUACUGUUGAUGAGCGGCGUUCUCAAUUAUCCAAACAGUACUUUUUUCAUUGCUCAUGUGAAGCCUGUUUGGGUUCUUGGCCAUCCUACAAAGACCAACCUACUACAAAUCCAGUCUUUAGGUGUAAUGAAUGUGGCAGCCCAAUUAAAAAGGGUCAAGAUCCACAGUGCACUUGUGGAGCAAUAAUUGAUAUGGGAGAGUUGGAGUUAAAUUUAGCCAAGUCUUCAAAACUAUUUCGUGAAACAUUGGCCAGUGUCUGGUCUGGGAAACACCGGAAGAUCGUUCCCGAUAGCCUUUUAGAGCAUCUGACUCUAUUGGCAAAAACUGUGAAAAGACCUUGGCGCGAAUUUAGUGAAUGUCAAGAGACAAUAAAGCAGUGCCUCAGCCUUCAGGCUAACCAUGUUACUAUUGAUAUGUGAUUAACCCUUUUGUCUUCCUGCUGUUGUUGUUUGCUUUUGGAGUGCAAUUUUAUACUGUUAACAUAAAUAUCUGAAAGGGUGACUUAAAUAUAUUUUCAGUGUUUCUUCGUUGUUAAUUCAUAUGUAAGAGAGAAAUUUCUUCUGCAUGUUUGUACUUAGGUUUUUCCAAUACAGUAUAUUAUAUGUUGUGUUUUCAUACUGAA